AUGAGUUCUUGCUUCACCAUCUCCCUCUCUCUCCUCUUCUUCUUCAUAAAUUUUGUAGGUACUGAAUCAGCACCUACGUUUCUACGGCAUUACUGCCCAAAUGCCACACUCUUCACUCCCAACUCCAUCUACCAAUCCAACCUCAACACCCUCCUCUCUUCUCUCUCCUCUGCCGCCACCGACACCGCUGACGACUUUGCCAAUGCUGUCGUCGGCCAAAACCCUCCCGACCAGGUCUACGGGCUCUUCCUCUGCCGCGGUGACGUCGACUCCGCCACGUGCAGCAACUGCGUGGCCACUGGAAAACAGGAUAUCCUCCAAAGAUGCCCCAACCGGCGAGUCUCCGUGAUCUGUCAUGGAACAAAUGCCUUCUAUCACGAUGUACCACACCAGGAAAAUCACCAAUCCAACCCAGUUCAUGCAAGUCCUGAGAGAGACCGUGGACGACAUCACUGCGAGGGCUUCAGUCGGCAAGUCGGGAAGAAACUUGCCGUUGCGGAGGCAAGCUUUACGAGUUUGCAGAAGCUGUACACGCUCGCACAGUGCACACCGGACUUGACGGUGUUGGAGUGCAACACGUGCCUCCGGGCAACAAUCGCGGGUCUUCCACGGGGAAGCAAGGUGGGAGGUUGUUCACUCCGAGCUGCAGCAUGA